GACUGAUUUAAAAUAAAGUUUCAGCCUAUGGAUAGGUUUGGUACUUUUGUUGUUAAAGAAAAAUCAUAUUAUUAAAAAGCAGGUUUAAGAGACAGUGGACGUGACGUCAGAAGAUGAUUUGCAUACUGCGCAGUAUUUAUAGUGGGAUUGACGCUACAGCCAUCACUACGCUCCUGCGCCACCCAGACGAGUAUCGAACUGUCUCUCUGACCAAAACUAAGAGCCUCUGCAGAUAUGGCUGACAAAGCGGAUGUAUCAGGAGUAACAACCUUCGACAAGUCCAAGCUGAAGAAGACGGAGACCGCUGAGAAAAACACCCUGCCAACCAAAGAAACCAUCGAUCAGGAGAAGUCAACAUAAUGAAGACUAGUCCUCCUGUACAUUUCACAAGCCUUGCCUUUUUUCUGUUCAAAAAAUGGGUAGAUGUCCCUCUGUACAGCAAGGAAGCGUGGCCUGGCAUCGGCAUGGGUUCCUGAUCAGCUGUUGUGGAUAAGUGCAGAAGUGUCAUGAAACAACUGAGGGACCUACACUUUCUGAUUUGUAACCCUUGUCUGCUCACUUGUAAAUGCUCUUGAAGCAAGCUGUGUUUUUUGGUAACAAAAUCUGGAUGCACAUGUUUGUUUAAUAUGCAAAAUAAAAAAUGUUAACUGAC